AUGAAUGCUAAUAAUGGAGAUCCACCAAAAAAGAAGCACCUCGGUUUCAUUGUAUUACAGCUUAGCGAUUACUACUAUCAAAAUACAGUCACAGUAACAGUCAAAGGACUCAAGUUGGAGUUAGUCAAAAUCUUGAAAGUUUUCACAUUAAUUGAUAUCUCAGAUAAUCACUUUUCAGGGGAAAUACCAUUUACAAUUAGGCAGCUCAAUGCACUGUAUGUUCUCAAUGUAUCCCGUAAUGAGUUCACAGGUUCUAUUGCAUCAUCUAUGGGAAAUUUGAUGCAGCUGGAAUCACUAGACAUGUCAUCAAACAAAUUGACUAGAGCGAUCCCAUAUGCAUUCACAAGUCUUUGA